AAAAAGUGUUCACAGCUAUUUACCAAUUCUUAAAUGAAAAAUCCUAAUCAAAGUUUAUCAAAUAUUUACUUCUAGGUCAGUCUUUGAUAACUUCUGUGAAGUGCCAAGUGAUUUGAAAAGAGAGAAACGAGCGUAACGAUUGAUCAUGAGCGCCGGUACGGCGUUUCGAUUGGUUCAACCACUUCUUACUGUACUUCCAAGGUUCCAUUCGCCAGUUACGUUCAACAAUUACGCUCACUUUCAUUCUUCAUCGGCAGGUGCUAGCGCAACAGUUGUCUCACGCAAACAAAAAAUGGCCGCAAAAUUAUCUCCAGAAGAACGUAAAGGAACAAUCGAUCCACUCCUGCAACAAGGAUGGUCCAUGGUCAAGGAUAGAGAUGCAAUUUACAAAGAAUACAUGUUUAAAGACUUCAAUCAGGCAUUUGGAUUCAUGACGCGUAUUGCUCUUCUUGCUGAUAAAAUGGAUCAUCAUCCUGAAUGGUUCAAUGUGUAUAAUAAAGUGCAGGUGACAUUAUCUAGCCAUGAUGUGAAUGGAUUAAGCAACAGGGAUGUUAAACUGGCAAACUUCAUGGAAAAGGCUUCAAAAUCAAUGGAAUAAUUAAAUAUCUCAGAUUAUAUAUGUUAUUAUAUACAAAUGUAUAAAUGUAUUAAUUAAAAAGUGUCUAAUCCA